ACCACCACCACCGCUUCGGCUUCCGACUGUAACUAUUCUUCGCUCUCGUCGGCCCUCACAGCUACUUUCUCUUGAUUCUCUUUGUGAUCAACUAGCUUUCUGGAUAUCCACCGCUAUGUCGACUGCACCAUCCAACUUUCAUGAGAUCAGCUCGCCAGAGCAAUUUCAGGAGAUUCUCUCCGCCGAUCUCAGUCGAAUUUCGUUGCUCAACUUCUGGGCACCAUGGGCGGAGCCAUGUACGCAGAUGAACGAGGUUGUGUUGGAGCUGGCGAGGAAGUAUCCUCAGUUGUUGGUGCUGCAGGUUGAGGCAGAGUCACAGGCCGAUAUCUCGGAGAGUUUUGAGAUAGAGGCCGUUCCAUCGUUUAUUAUAUUGAGGGGUCACACCCUCCUUGGCCGUAUAUCCGGCGCCGACGCCGCCACGCUCACAUCCACCAUCGCCACACACCUCCGUCCCGCCUCUGUCCCUCUCUCCAACACAAAUCAAUCGCCGGCCGCAGCAUCUUACUCGCCAGAAAAAGUUGAAUCUCAAGAAGAGCUUCACGCCCGCCUGACGGGUCUCAUGAACCAGAGCAAGAUCGUCCUGUUCAUGAAGGGAAACCCAGAGGUACCGAGGUGUGGUUUCUCGAGAAAGGUUGUGGGAAUCCUGCGGGAUCAGGGUGUGCAGUAUUCGAGUUUCGAUAUCUUGAGCGAUGAGAGCGUCAGGUCCGGCUUGAAGGAACUCAACAACUGGCCGACGUUCCCGCAGCUUAUCAUCAACGGCGAGUUCGUCGGAGGUCUCGACAUUGUGCAGGAGAUGGUCGAGAACGGAGAGCUGAAGGAGAUGUUGUCGCAGUGAGCGCUGGGCUCGUUUAGGCCGCCGUUUUUCUUGAUAUUCGAGAUAGAUGUUUUGUUUCUGAGGUAUGCGCUGGGGUUCGAUUUCAUGUACUAGCCAGUGUGUUUUCUGCUCUUUGAUUAUCGUUAUUUCGCUGUCUCGCUCCACCUGAGACGUGACCCUUCGCAGACACUUCAAGUCUUCCACUCAUCGCGUGAAUUAUUUGUACAUUCUGAGAUCCCUCGAGACCGUCACCUCCUCUGACUCGCCCUCUCCCUCACCAUUGCCCCUCUUCUUAGUUCUCUCGACCUGAAACUUCAAAUAAUAACCUGAAAUCUCAUACCCUUCCGGACCCGCAAUCGCAACAGCCUCAAGUCGUGGACAUUUUCUAGCCAUCCUCUCCACAAAGACGCUUAAUGCCUCCCUCGCAUCUUCCAGUUCGUCGCUACAGAAAUAGUCCUCGUACUCCCCUCCGUCUUCCUCUCCAUAAUCAUCGUAGGAGGGGCCGAAGCGCACGGGGAGAGAGGGUGCUGUAUCACAGAGGGGGAAGGUGGAGUAGCCGAAAGAGAUCAGGUGGGAGAGGUUACGGGUAGAGCUGAGGAUGGUGUCCCAGAGAACGGACUGAGUUACAUUCGUACUCUCAUCGGCCACCUCCCGUUCCCGCUCAAUAUAGAGGUCUUCACAUGGAGGUAAAUUUUCCAGAAUAAAUGGCAAGACUCUCCCUGUGUCCUGCAGAAUCGUGAAGCUGAUGCUCUUCAGAAUCCACCCCGGAUCACCGCUGAUGUCCGUUGACUCCGUCGCUUCAUGGCCACGGACCGUCGCAGCCAAAUUGUUGAAUGAGUGAGAUGAUUGAGAAUGCCCGCGUUUUGAAAGCUUGACCGAAAAGACAUAAAAUCCUCUCUCCAUGCCAUUACCCAUCUUCACUGACUUUCUAUACAGCUCCCUAAGACACGGGAUACUACCCAAUGCAAGCUCAUGCUUCAAACCAUACCCGUCAAGAUGAAUGGCCUUCAAACUUGGAUGACGAUCGAAGAAUCCGCCACAUCCACUCGCGAAUGUAUCAUCUACGUCGCGGACAGUGAGUUCGCUGAUCGAACCGAAUGUAAGAUCGAUCCAGGCGGAGGAUGUGAAGUAUUCGACUUGCAGUGCGUACACGUGUGGGCCUGGCAGCGAGGACUCGGGCGAACGUUGACAAAGAGCGUUCAGAACGCCGCCUGGGAAAGGAGGAAGUCCUCUGUCGAGCUUCAGUCCCUGAACGUGAAUUCUCCCGAACGACGUCCUCGCGCAGAAGUCGAUAGGUAGAUCGUUCAGUUGGCGAAAGUUCUCGAGCGUGACGCGGUCGAGAGUGGGAUGGUUAUUUAUUGCGUUGACGACGGAUUCUUGCAGUGACACGUCUGUGUUUUGGAUGUCUAAUGUAAGGAGAUUUGGAGUGCAGGCGAGGAUGGAGCAAAGGAGAUGGUCGAGGAGGGUAUAGGACUCUGUGGAGAGACGAUACAUGGAAUUUGGUAAGACUCGGACGUAGCGGUCGAAUGAGUUCUUCCAGCUGAAGUCCGCCGAGCGGUGGGUAUCGCGGAUAAGUAUAUGUUUUAUAAGCGCGAGCACUUUGUCGUCCUUGAGGACCGAGUUCGUGAGGAGCGCACAUCGCGACUCUAGCUCUUCUCGUUCGAGAUUUAUAACCACAGUCUCGUACAGGCUAGAGUAGUAGACGCUCCGAAACCGUUUGUUUGUCGCGCAAAGACUUCGAAGGGAAGGAUCGAGCUGGACGAGGGGUUCUUGCGGUGGGCCAUUAAGUGUGAAAAAGGAGAAUGGGGGAAGAUGGCCCUGGAUGGCCAGCAGGGUUUCGUUCGGGAGUGAAAGCAUAGACAUUUUUAUGGUGAGUUGGAAACAAAAUAGAGCCUUGGGUCAUGAACGGGAGCGAGUACUAGAUACGAAGUAGACAGGUGGGAUUUAUAUCCGCAGGACGCGUACGGCUAACGAACGCCGAUGUUGUCUCAUUCGAGUCAAUGAGACUGGUGUGCGAGAAUCGCCUCUCAGAUUGCAAGCAUGUGCGAAAUUAGUUUAAAGCGUGCAGAGAAUCCUAGCGACGAGAGGCACCAUCUACCUUGAAAAGACUGGC